AUGGGAAUAAAAUAAUAGAGAUAGGAGAGACUGUAAACAAGUAAUCUGAUGGUAAAAUAUGAAAUUAGUGCUAUUAUACCAUGGAAUGAGAAAAUUAAAGAAGAAUUAUAUUAAUUUGAAUUAAAAGAAUUAAAAUAGGAUUCAGAUUUAGUGAUUGUAGUUAAAUAAUAGUCAGCAUUAGGGAAUCCAGAUAUUUAUAUAUCUUCAACUAUAAAAGAACCAAAUUAAGAAACAGCAGAUUAGAUCUGUGAUUCUGUUGGAAUGGGUAAAUAUUAUUAUCAAUGAAUAGAUAUUUGUAUAAUUGAAAAUCCAUAAAAAGGUAUAUAUUAUUUAGCAGUUCUUUGUGAUAGCUAUUGUAGAUAUUCAUUAAAAAUAGUUUAUUAAUCUGAAUUAAUAAUGACAAAUUGUAAAUAUUUUAAUGUUAAAUCUUAUAGCUGAUGAUUUAGAAUUCAAAUUUGAUCAGAAAUCUUGGACUGAUGUAAUUAUAAUUUAAACUAAAGAUCUCAUUUUAGAUUAAACUUAAAUUAAACCUACUUUAGAGAUUUAAGUAAGAGUGAGAAAUAUAGAAAUAUUAUAAGAAUCAUUCAAAUCAUAUUUAAAUAUUGGAACAACUAAACCUACUUCAUAAAAAUCUGAUUAUAUUGGAUAAGAUACAUUCUCAGGAAUGCAAAAAUUUAAGAUUCAUAAUUUAGAACCUAAUAGUAUAUUUACUUUACUUGUAGAAGGUUAAGAAGGACUUAUUAUUCAAAUAUAAACUAGAACUUAUACAAAUAUGAGAUAUUUACAAUUAGGAGAUAAAGUUGAAGAUAUUAUUACUGAAAAUGAUUAUUAAUUCUAUUGUAUUGAUCUUACGUAAGAUGCUUAAUCCAUCUUAUCUGGAUAAACUAUACUCAAUAUUCAAUUAUUACCAUAUAAAGGAUUUAUUGAAAUGUAUGUCAAUCUAGAUUUUUAACCUCCAAUCUUAGAUGAAUAUCAAUGGAAAUUAACAGACAAAAUUACUGAUGAUCUUAUUAUUACCAAAUCAGAUCUUCUAAAAUAUAAUUUAAAAUCUAAUUAUGCAUUUAUAACGAUUAAAGCAAAAGAAUCUAAUGCAACCUUUUAAUUAAAAUCAUAAAUUUUAGAUCCUCAUUUCAUGCUUCUAGAACUUAAUAAACCAACCACUUCUAAAUUGUCAAAAUACUCCUAAGUCCAAUAUAAAUUUUAAAUUAAACACACUGAUAAAUAAACCGUUAGUGUAAGUCUCAAAAAUAUCAAAGGGGAUACUGAUAUUAUACUUAAACAAUGCAAAACUUUGUGGAAUUGUGUCAUCUAAACAGAAGAUAUCUAUACUAAAGAUUAAAAAGUUAAUACUAAUCCUGGUGAAUUAUUUUUAUUUUCAGAUAAGUAAUAAUUCUUUUAUUCUAUUUAGACCUGGUAAUGAUAUCAUUAUUUUUGACAAUAUUCCAACUUUAUGUAAAAAAGAUGAUAACAUGUAUUAAUGUUUUUAUGAUUUGCUAAUUUAUACAGGAAAUAACAAUUAAGAAGAAGAGUUGAUUUAUUCAAUUCUUAUAACUGUAUAAGAAGACUUCACUCUAUUGAGAGAAAACACUCCAAUUAAAUAGUAUGUAGGAUUGGGAUUAAGUAAUUAUUAUAAGUUCAAAGUGGAAGAGUUAGACUUAAUAAAAAGAAUGAUGAUUCAAGUUACACCAAUAUAGGGAUAGCCAAAAAUAUUUGCAUCAAAAACAAACAAAAAUCCUAAUCAUGAAGAUAAAUAGAGUGUAUAAAAUGUCAUCACUUAUGGAUUAGAAGAGGAUUUUGAAUAAAUAAAUGGUAUAUAUUACAUAAGUGUGAAUGGUUAUACAGCAUGUUAAUAUAUAAUAACAGUGUACACAUUUAGAAAUAUGGAAGAUUGGAAUUAGAUAGGGAAAUAUCCUCAUUAAUAUAUUUUAUUAUUGGAAGGUUAUCCUUAAGAGAUUACAUCUCAAAAUAAUAACGAUGUCUAAUUAUUUAAGAUAGAUUUGAGUGCCUUUUACAACCCUGAGUAGUAAUACCAUUAUUCUGUAGAUGUGAAAUUAAGAGCAAUUUAAGGUAAUUUCAUUUUGUAUGGAUUUGACCAUCCUGAAAUCGAUAAAAGUAAAGCAUUUGUGAAGGGCAAUGAUUUCUUAUAAAUAGGAAAUAAAAAUUAGAUUCAUUCAUAAUAUAUAUAUAUUAGAGUAGAACCUAAUUCAAUUUUGUCCUCAAAUUAAUUAUCAUAUUAAAUCUAUUAUCGAAUAAAUGAUUAACCUAUUGAAUUAAUUUUAGGUAAUAAUUAUAGAGGCUACAUAAAUAAAGAUGAUACUCAAAAAUUUUUUUUAAGCUAUUUUAAAAAUGAUGAAUUGUUGAUAACAAAGAAUGUCGAAUAAUUUGAUCAAUCUAUUUUAAAAGCAAGAAUUUAAGUAGGAAAUACAGAUUAAGAAAUAAAUACAUCAAAUUAUAUAAUAAAAAGUGAUUAAUUGGAAUAUGAUAAGUGUAAAACAAAUGCUACGAAAAUAAUUAAAUGCUAAAUAACGAUUAUAGUUAGUGCAACCCAAGAUACUUAUUUUUCAUUAUUAGUUACAAAGGAAUCUUCUAUUGUCUUCUUAUAUGAUGGUGAACCAGUGACUAAACCUUNCAUGUAUUAAUGUUUUUAUGAUUUGCUAAUUUAUACAGGAAAUAACAAUUAAGAAGAAGAGUUGAUUUAUUCAAUUCUUAUAACUGUAUAAGAAGACUUCACUCUAUUGAGAGAAAACACUCCAAUUAAAUAGUAUGUAGGAUUGGGAUUAAGUAAUUAUUAUAAGUUCAAAGUGGAAGAGUUAGACUUAAUAAAAAGAAUGAUGAUUCAAGUUACACCAAUAUAGGGAUAGCCAAAAAUAUUUGCAUCAAAAACAAACAAAAAUCCUAAUCAUGAAGAUAAAUAGAGUGUAUAAAAUGUCAUCACUUAUGGAUUAGAAGAGGAUUUUGAAUAAAUAAAUGGUAUAUAUUACAUAAGUGUGAAUGGUUAUACAGCAUGUUAAUAUAUAAUAACAGUGUACACAUUUAGAAAUAUGGAAGAUUGGAAUUAGAUAGGGAAAUAUCCUCAUUAAUAUAUUUUAUUAUUGGAAGGUUAUCCUUAAGAGAUUACAUCUCAAAAUAAUAACGAUGUCUAAUUAUUUAAGAUAGAUUUGAGUGCCUUUUACAACCCUGAGUAGUAAUACCAUUAUUCUGUAGAUGUGAAAUUAAGAGCAAUUUAAGGUAAUUUCAUUUUGUAUGGAUUUGACCAUCCUGAAAUCGAUAAAAGUAAAGCAUUUGUGAAGGGCAAUGAUUUCUUAUAAAUAGGAAAUAAAAAUUAGAUUCAUUCAUAAUAUAUAUAUAUUAGAGUAGAACCUAAUUCAAUUUUGUCCUCAAAUUAAUUAUCAUAUUAAAUCUAUUAUCGAAUAAAUGAUUAACCUAUUGAAUUAAUUUUAGGUAAUAAUUAUAGAGGCUACAUAAAUAAAGAUGAUACUCAAAAAUUUUUUUUAAGCUAUUUUAAAAAUGAUGAAUUGUUGAUAACAAAGAAUGUCGAAUAAUUUGAUCAAUCUAUUUUAAAAGCAAGAAUUUAAGUAGGAAAUACAGAUUAAGAAAUAAAUACAUCAAAUUAUAUAAUAAAAAGUGAUUAAUUGGAAUAUGAUAAGUGUAAAACAAAUGCUACGAAAAUAAUUAAAUGCUAAAUAACGAUUAUAGUUAGUGCAACCCAAGAUACUUAUUUUUCAUUAUUAGUUACAAAGGAAUCUUCUAUUGUCUUCUUAUAUGAUGGUGAACCAGUGACUAAACCUUUAUAGAUUAAAGCAGAUCAUUAUAUAUUUUUUUUAAGUGAUCAAGAAACUGAAAUAUCAGUAUUCUCUAUAUUUGGAGAAAUCAAAAUCUUUCUUUAAAUAUUUUAUGAAUAACCUUUAUUGAAUUAAUUUCCAACAAAUAAUUAAAAUUCUGCGUUAUAAUCCUUAGAUGAUUAAAAUAAUAUAGGUAGUUCAAUAUUUAUAUCACACGAGUUUUUACUAAGCAAAAAUUGCAAUAAAAAUGGCUGUUAUAUUGGAGUUACUUGUAUAAAAGAUCCCAAAUAUGAAUCAAAAGGGGAUUAUGUUAUUAUUAGAUCUUCCAGUUAUUAAAUUCUCUAUCCAUCUAUAAUAUAAUAUGGAGAAGUUCAGAAUAUGAAAAUGAAAUAUUUUAAAAUAUCUAAUGUUUCUUAAUCUAGUGGUUUAAUGGUGAUAGUAUCUCCUUUGAGUUCAGGUAGUCUUAUAGUUUUGGCUAGUACAAAUGAAAUGCCUACUAUAGAUACAUAUUAAUAUAGUUCUAAUACAAUGAUGGGAGAUUAAUUAAUAAUUCCUUCUAAUUCAAAAUCUAAUGAAGCAGUUGAUUAUUAGUAUUAUUUAUUAUUAAUUAUAUAGUGUUGGUGUUUAUGCAUUUGAUAAUGUUAAAUUCUCUAUUCAAGCCAAUUUUGGAGAUCUUCACUUUUAUAUACUUAAAAAAGCAGUACCCAUUAACUUUUUUGCACAUUUCAAAUCUAUGACUUUUCUUAAUUACUAUCAUAAUUAAGAUUCUGAAUUUACUAUUUUAUUUAGUUAAAAUCUAGUUAUUCAGUUUAAUAGAGCUAUUGUGUAAGUUCUUACUUAUAAAGACAUAAAUAAGCAAGCAGAAGCCAUACAAAUAGUUUAAACUUAGUAUUUAAUUUUUUAAAUUCUUUUAGACCAUUUUGGGUAAUGAGUGAUAAUUACUUACACAUUAAAAAGGAUUCCUAAUACUGUUCUUUCUGUUAUUAUUUAAUUUGUGUCUAAAAUUUCUAUUUAGGAAAUGAUAUUUCAAUAACAAUUUCAUUAGAUAAUGAAUCAACUUAAUUACUUGAUAAUGUAGAAAUUACAAAUUAAAUUCAAUCUAAUUCAAUUUAAUAUUAUCAUUAUAUAGCUGAAGAUAGUUUUUAUGUAAAUGUUACUAUCUAUGAUGGUUAAAUAUAAAUUUUUGGAGGAUUCUAUAAAACAUUAGAAAAUAUCAAUAAACUUUUACUUACUCUUGAUAUUUAGGAAGGUUUAACUGAUAAAAAUGGUACAAAAGUUAAACAUACUUAUAGUGAAGGUUUAUUUCCAAAUAAAACUAUUGAGAUUUAAAAAAACAAUUUUGAAGAAAAUAAAUAUAUUUACAGAUUCAAAAUUAUUUCAAAUACAGAUAUGAACUCAGUUUAUAAAAUAGAAUGCAUCUAAAAAAAAUAAGCUAUAGAACUUAAGAUUGGUGAACCUUAAGUUUAGAGAAUUAAUUCAACUCAAACAAUUCCUUUCUAUUUUUUUAUUCCUGAAAGGCAAAAGGAUAAUUAAAAUGAAGGAUUCUAUACACUUGAUAUCGAAACUUAUGGACAUUCUAUGAAUAGAAUAAUUCAAAAGACUUAACAUCCUUUUAUUAAACUAAAUUUAGAUCUUUUGAAUAAUCCUAAUUUUUUAAGUGAUUAUCAUAAUUAUGUUGAUGUUUUAUUAUUAAAUCAAGAGCAAACUGAUUAAAUUAUUCAUUUAGAAUUUCCAAGUUUCUCUGGAUUGUAUUUUCUAUAAAUAACUCCCAGAUAACAUUCAAGUCUCCCUUAUACUAUAACUUUAGGAAAUGAUUUCUUAAAUGUUCUUUCUCCAAAACUACAAAGAUUUGCCUCUAAUAAAAUUGGAUAAUAGAGAUUUUGGGAAAUUAAUAUUUAUCAACCUUCAAAAUUAUUUAUUUAGGCAUAAAUAUGCGGAGGAAUAAUGAAUAUUUAUGGUAGUGAUAAUCUCCAGAGUUUAAAAGAAGGAUAUUAUUCAGAAAAAAUGGAAUACAACAAAAAUAAAUAAAUUAUUGGAACCAUAUCAAUUUCCUAAUCAGGUCCUUAUUACUUAAAUUCUAAAGCAAUUAAGAGCUUUAUUCCUCAACAAGAUUAUCUUGACUAUAUUCUUUAAAUUAAUAUUCUCCAAUUCAGUAGUAUUGUUCCACAUGAAUAAUUUAAACCUGGAGAUGAUGGAUAAUUCUCAGCUAAUUAUGAUGGCUAAUUUAUGAUUGUCACUUUUAGUCCUAUGUAAGUUUUAGAACAAUCUAGUUCUGAAUAUAAAAUUUAAGCUUUCUCAUACAAUUUCAUCUAUCGAUUAAAUAAUUUAACAUAUCAUGAUAUUCCUAUUUAUCUUUGCGAUUCAUCAAUUUCCUACCCUUCAAUAUCAUAUAAUAUAGAACCUCAUCAAAGUUUAAAAGCAAUUAAUUAUUAUUUUUAUGUUGGUGAAAAUUUCCAAAAAAUUACUCUCACCAUUCUAGCAAAAAGUAUAUAUUUAUUAAUUGCUUUUAGUUAGAAUUAAGACUAAAAAUUUCGAAGAAUUAAAACUUUAUUAUUAUUAUGAUACUAUUACAAUAAAUGUGGAUAAUUUUAUGAAAUUAAAGUCUAAUACAAAUGGAUAUUAAUAAAUUAUUCUUUUUGGAUUUAUUUCAAUAUUUUUAUUAUUGAUUAUGUUCUUACUUAAAAGAAAUAAAAGAAUUUAAUUAUUGUAUUUAUAAUUCUAAAACUUAUUAGUUUACGAUUUGAAUCUAACCAAGAAAUAAAUCCAUAGCUAGUUAGAUAAGAACAAUCAAUUGAAAUGAAUUAUUCAAGUUUACGUUGA